UCUCUCCCUGUGUGUGAAUAGGAGGGGAGAUGCUGGAUUCGGGAGAAGGUCCGCCAUUAUUGGGAAGCUGAAAAAAAAAAUAGACUUAAACACACCGUCACACAUUUAGCCUGUAAGGAGCUUAACGUUAGAAAGGAAAAUACAGCGGUUUUCGGACGAGCUGUUGUUCCCUGAACGCGGCGCUUCGGUAAACGAAGGCACGGGCUUGUGUUCGCGUUUCGCCACGGACUCUUUUAUUUUUGACACAACAAAGGAAAUAAUAAUUGGUCAAAACAACGUGGUGCUUGAACCAAGAAGGGAAAAACACACCGAACAACGCUUUGCGACGCCACCCCCCUUUUUUCUUCUCUCCUAGUAAGACGUUUCCAGCAGUGGUGAGGAGACUGGAGUUUGAACAGCAUUUUUUCUUUUUUUUUUCCUAACGUGAAUUUAGUUGUUUUUUUCCCCCUCUUCUCCCCCGUCUCUCUCUCCUGAGACACGGAGAGAGACAGAGAGAGAGAUAUGCAUCUCGUUUCUGAAAACUUCAGACUGAUUGAAACGAGCGCUUAAUGUGGGGGUGCAAUGGACAGAAAGCCUGUUUGCUGAAGAAAAGCGGAAAAUAAUCGAUGUGAGUGCUUGCAGGACGUGUUUUUGUCUGUUUUUUAAAAAAGUCUUUCGCCGGCUGUGAGCAGAGGAGCAGAGACCGAAAGAAAGGAGUGGACGAGAGAGAGAGAGGAAUGCUAUGCUACCUCCAACUCUUCCACAACUGCCUAAAACAACAUUGUCGGUCUGCGCUGACAUAUGGCAGCCAGGCACGUCUCAUGUCACACAACGCUGCUGUCGCCGUAACGAUACUCCAGGGCCAUAAUUAACAGGGCCAGACCCCAGCCCAGUGAGCUCCCCUUGCAUGGAAACCAUCCUUCCUUGGAAGCCUUCUCCUCUCCCUAGAGCUAUCAGCCAGCAUGGCAGGAUGAGCCUCUGCCAGCGAUGAUGAUGGCCAAAAAGCAAGAUGUCCGGUCACCCACCUACAACCUGGUCGUGGUUGGGCUGUCCGGCACGGAGAAGGAGAAAGGCCAGUGUGGUGUGGGCAAGUCCUGCCUGUGUAACCGCUUCGUCCGGCCAAGUGCAGAUGACUUCUACCUAGACCACACCUCUGUUCUCAGUACCAGUGACUUUGGAGGCCGUGUGGUGAACAAUGACCACUUCUUGUUCUGGGGAGAGGCUGGGCGGACGAUGGAGGAAGGGCCAGAAUGCCGUAUGAAUGUUGUUGAGCAGACAGAGUUCAUUGAUGAUCAGACAUUCCAGCCACACCGAAGUACGGCACUCCAGCCUUACAUCAAGAGGGCAGCUUCCAACAAGCUGGCUUCGGCUGAGAAGCUGAUGUACUUUUGCACAGAUCAGCUGGGACUGGAGCAGGACUUUGAGCAGAAACAGAUGCCAGAAGGCAAACUUAUGGUGGAUGGCUUCUUACUCUGUGUGGAUGUUAGCAGGGGUAUGAACCGUAGCUUUGAGGACCAGAUGAAGUUUGUUACCAACCUGUACAACCAGCUAGCCAAAACAAAGAAACCUGUGGUACUGGUUCUCACCAAAUGUGAUGAAGGAGUUGAGCGCUAUAUUAAAGACUCACACACCUUUGCCCUAGCCAAGAAGAACCUACAGGUGGUAGAAACAUCAGCACGCUCAAAUGUCAAUGUUGACCUAGCCUUUCUUACACUGGUUCAGCUAAUAGACAAGGGUAGGGGUAAGCCCAAAAUUAUCCCUUACUUCGAGGCACUGAAACAGCAGAGUCAACAGAUUGCCUCAGCCAAAGACCACUAUGAGUGGCUGGUCAACCGAAUUGUGAAGAACCACAAUGAGACAUGGCCCAAUGUCAGUCGCCGCAUGCAGUCUGCCCCUGAGUACAAGGACUAUGUUUUCCUUGAGGGGACAGCUAAAGCCAAGAAGCUCUUUCAGCAGCAUGUGCAUAGACUUAAACAAGACCAUAUAGAGAAACGUAGGAAGGCCUAUCUUAGUACACUACCACAGGCCUUGUCUAUACUGUUACCAGAGUUGGACGAAAUAGACCACCUAAGCUGGUCUGGAGUUCAGAAAGUCCUGGAGACAAAGAGAGAUUUCUCACAAUGGUUUGUAGUGCUAGAUGACACCCCUUGGGAGACCACAUCACACAUUGAUAACAUGGAGGAUGAUCGAAUCCCCCAGGACCUCCUGGAGACCCCCGCAGCUGAAACUAUCUAUGAGACCCACUUGGAGCAGCUAAGGAAUGAGCGCAAACGGGCUGAGAUGCGAUGGGAGUUCAAGGAGAAGCUAAGUGUCUCUCCUUUUAUCACACCAGGGAAACCCUGGGAGGAGGCCCGAAGCUUCAUCAUGAAUGAGGACUUCUACCAAUGGCUGGAUGAGGCUGAAUAUCUGGAUAUCUACAACAAACACCAGAAGGAAAUCAUUGACCGAGCCAAAGAGGACUUUCAGGAACUGCUUCUUGAAUACUCUGAGCUCUUCUAUGAACUUGAAGUGGAUGCAAAGCCAAGUAAAGAGAAAAUGGGAGCCAUUCAGGAAGUGUUGGGUGAGGAGCAAAGGUUUAAAGCCCUCCAGAAGUUGCAGGCAGAAAGGGAUGCUCUGGUAUUGAAACAUAUCCACUUUGUCUACCACCCUACAAAGGACACCUGCCCCAACAGCCCCCACUGUGUAGACAGUAAGAUAGAGCAGAUACUGGCCUCCAAAUUCCCUACCCGCUACCCAUCAUCAGACAGUUCAAGACUGGAUGGGGGGAGGGCUGAACGGAUAAAUCUUGUCAUCCUCGGGAAAGAUGGGCUAGCCAGAGAGAUGGCAAAUGAGAUACGGGCCUUGUGCACCAGUGACGACCGGUACGUGCUAGAUGGAAAGAUGUAUGAGUUAGCCCUUCGUCCCAUAGAGGGCAACGUACGUCUGCCAGUCAAUUCCUUCCACACACCAACCUUUACACCCCAUGGUUGUCUGUGUUUGUACAACUCCAAGGAAUCCCUCUCGUAUGUUGUUGAGAGUUUAGAAAAGCUUAGGGAGUCAACUAUAAGCAGAAGGGAAAGGGAAAACAGCUUAGCCCAACUCCCGCUGUCCCUCCUUCUGGUCACCAAGCGGGGGGUGGGGUCCAUAGGGGACAUUGGGGGGGAGACAGCUCAGACUCUUAUCCAACAAGGGCAGCAUGUGGCUGGAAAGCUACAGUGUGCUUACCUAGACCCUGCCUCUCCAGGCAUGGGCUAUGGACGCAAUGUCAAUGAGAAGCAGAUCAACCAGAUGCUGAAGGGCCUCUUAGAAUCACGGAGAAGCAUAGGGAGUAGUUCCCCUCCCUUACCCCCUCCAUCGUCUGCCUUCAGAGACUCUCAGUCCCAGCCAAUGCUAGAGGCAGACCUGAGGAUAGUCAUGUGCCUGAUGUGUGGAGACACAUACGACCUAGACCAACUCCUUGCUCCCUUCUUGUUACCCCAGCAUUGUCGUCCUGCCUCCAGCCUCAGCAGUGGUACCUCCGUUUUGCUGGAUUUCAGUAUAGGAGGUCAGAGGCAGAAUAUUGAGCUGUCACUGCUCUCCUUCCAUUCCUCAUUCUCUCUUCGCAAGACCAGGCUGGUCCAUGGCUACAUUGCAGUCUACUCUGCUCGCCGCAAGGCCUCUAUGGAGACAUUAUGUGCUUUCCUGUGUGAGGUCCAAGACAUCAUCCCAGUCCAGUUGUUAGCAGUAGGGGAGAGUCAGAUGGAGCUCUCAGAUUCUGAGUCAGCUAAGGAGCAGGUCAGUCAGGGAGAGGAACUGGCCCAUGAAAUAGAGGCUAGAUUUAACACAGUAAUAUGUGGACAUGGUGGGGUCGUUGGGGGGCUUCAUAAGAUAGACCUUUUCCAACCCUUCCUCAAAGAGGUGGUAGAGAAGCGCACUAUUGUGGAGGCCACACACAUGUAUGAUAAUGUGGCUGAGGCAUGUACCAAUGAGAGCAUCAGCCCUCGCUGUGGCUCCCCUAGUCCAGUUAACACUCUUAUGGACUCAGAGGACGAUAUCGACCCAUCACCACCUUACCCUACCCUGAGGGAGGAUGGCAGUCUCAGUUCCCACCUGGGAAGCUUCAAGCUGCCAGAUCUAGAUUCAAGUGACACCUUCUCUGUCAUUUCCGAGCUUAGCACCUUUGAGAGCAAGCUGAAUAACAAGGUUCCUCCACAAGUGAAGCCCAAGCCUGUCCGUAAAGUUAACCUAGGCCCCUACAUGGACCAGCAGGGUGGCACCAACCGCCGCUCUUUGCCCCAAGCUGUCACCUGGGCACCAGGUAGCGAUGGUGGCUAUGACCCCUCAGACUACGCAGAGCCUAUGGAUGCUGUGAGCAAACCUCGACCCACAGAAGAGGAGAAUAUUUACUCGGUCCCCCAUGACAGCACACAGGGCAAGAUUAUCACCAUCCGCAACGCCAACAAAGGUCACUCCAACGGGAGUGCUGGGGGGAAUGGAUCGGACAGUGAGGCUGAUAGCAGCUCACUGGAGCGCAGGAGAAAGUUGUCUGCCAUUGGGGUAAAGCCUAAGCUGUACAGAGACAGAUCCAAAAGGCUUGGCAAGUUCAGCAGUUUUAGGACAAGCUUCUCUAUUGGCAGUGAUGAUGAGAUGGGGGGUCCACCCAAGGCUAGCCAGGAAGAGGGGGGAGCCCAAAAGGACAGCUCCAUCGAGGAAAGUGAGGACCCCAAAAGAAGAAAUAUUCUUAAGAGCCUGCGCAGAAAUACAAAGAAACCACGACCCAAACCCAGGCAUUCAAUUUCCAAACCCAUCGAAAGCAACUACUUUGGUAUGCCACUGGCAACUGUGGUCACUCUUGAGAGGCCAAUCCCAGUCUUCAUUGAGAAGUGCAUCCGUUUCAUUGAAACAACUGGGUUGAGCACAGAGGGCAUCUACAGGGUCAGCGGGAACAAGGCAGAGAUGGAGGUCAUGCAGCGGCAAUUUGACCAAGACCACAACCUGGACCUGGUGGAGAAAGACUUCACCAUCAACACAGUAGCCGGAGCCAUGAAAGCCUUCUUCUCUGAGCUACCUGAGCCUCUGGUGCCCUACAGCAUGCAGGGAGAGCUGGUGGAGGCCUUCAAGAUCAACGAUAGGGACCAGCGCUUCCAGACGAUGAAGGACAUUCUGCGCCGCUUCCCCAAGGAGAAUUACGAGGUCUUCAAAUAUGUCAUCAGCCACUUGAACAAGGUGAGCCAGAACAACAAGUUGAACCUGAUGACCAGUGAGAACCUGUCCAUCUGUUUCUGGCCCACACUGAUGAGACCAGACUUCACCACCAUGGACGCUCUGACCGCCACUCGAACCUACCAGACAAUCAUCGAGAGCUUCAUCCACCAGUGCGCAUACUUCUUCUACAAUCAGCCACUGGCCGACGGCCUCCCUGGCUCCCCCACCUCUACGCUCUCCUUCGGUGGAGGAACCUCUGCCUACUCCUGCAUGGCUGGUGGCUACUCAUCCUCACCGACUCCGUCCCCAACUCCCUACGUCCUCCCCGCCACCCCUCCUGUCAUUCCACACUACGGCCCUCCUAUCCACCACCACCACCACCACCACCACCACCAACAACACCAUCACCACCAACAUCAGUCCCCACCUCACUCCCCACCUCCUACCCCCCAGUCCCCGAUCCCGGCCCUACUGCCGCCCUCCCUGCACCCCCAUCACCCUCCUACGGAACAACACACGCUGUGAACCAGGGAUCAAGGGAAAGAGGAAAAAAAAUAAAUGAAGAGGACGGAUAACAAGAUUCAGAGAGAUUUAUGGGUUCAGAAUAAGAGAUUUUGAAGUUUGGGAAGGAAUUAAAGAAGAUAAAUUGAGAACAGGAGGUAGGAAGAGAAGUUGGGAGAGUUGAGUGAGAUGCAGUAUGUACAGGGAGAAACCUACAUGUUUGGGAGAAGGGGGUGUUUGAGCCUCCGUUUUAGAAAAAUGGACACACACAAGGCAGAAAAGGGGAACACGGAAGAGCCUCUGAACUGGCAGUAUGAUCUAUCUCCCUCCUCGCUACUUUAUCCCUUUGUCUCUCAGUCUCACUUCACCUAGACCUGCCCUCCUUGCCUUAUAGAGAUCCUACACACAAACAAACUAAUGAAGAGUGAGAUGUUGCCAGUAACUGUGAAAGGGACUCAGGGAGGGACUCCGAAGUAAAGUACGGGGGGGGGAAUGUGAACUCUGUUAUGUAUGGGAUUGCUUCACCACACACACACAAACAGACGCAUACUUUACACAAACAACCAGUGGCCAGUGUGCCUCCAACAACCAUCCUCCUCAAUCCCUUAGCCUAUUACUGUGCUGGGAAUUUUGGUGGCUGGCGCACGUUUUUCUUUUGCAAACCCGGCCCACCUUCUGUACCCCCCUGGAGGCCACGGCUGGGGCAAAGUGGAGCAGUAAAUGAGUCCUGAACAGAUGUUUAUUUCACCACUGUACAGAGGACUUAAGCAAGAAACACGUGUUAUUACUCACCCGACAGGAUGUUCUGUCCUCUGCAACAUUCCUAUCUGUCAACCCCACACACGCAGACAAAUUCAGUUGACAAGUUUCAGUCGAGGCAGUAUGCCAAGCACAGAAAAAAAAAAAAUAAUAAAAGUCUCAACCAACCGGAUCGGCAGCAAAUCGGAGCAAAGGAUUAUGGGGGCUCUCACACCCGUGGCAUUCUGGGAAGGCUCUACCCAGUCUCCUGUUUGUUCUCUCUCUCUCUCUCUCUCUCUCUCUCUCUCUCUCUCUCUCUCUCUCUCUCUCUCUCUCUCUCUCUUUGAACUUCGACCUCAUGCCCUCUCUUUGUAAACACAUGAAGAAAACAGCUUAAAAAGUGGAUUAUUUGAAUUGGUCCAAAUCUUGAUUCUACAUUCACAUUCCCACUGUCCUAAUGCAUUUUUUAUUCUGUUCGUCAUGUUACAAAAUCUUGGGAAACAGAGAAACCCGGGCCCUAUCGCUCAAUGAGUGGCGUGUAAGUGUCUGUGUGACUGUCUAUCUGUCCGUGUGCGCAUGUAUCCAUGCCUCUUCAUUUUACCUGAAUUUCCCUGUAUUAGGCAGAUAGUGGGAAUAAUUCCAGGGUUGGACCUUCACCUGUCAUGUUGCUUCUUUCACACUGUGGUGGUUUUACAAGCGAGUCAGUUCUGCAGUUUUCACAGUAAGGACCUUGUUCAAAAAGCACUUUCCUGAGCACUUUGAAGGCACAUUUUAAAUUGGAGCUGCCAUGACAUGACAGCCACCAUUCACUUUGUCAUACACCCUACCCUCUCUCUCUCUCUCUCUCUCUCUCUCUCUCUCUCUCUCUCUCUCUCUCUCUCUCUCUCUCUCUCUCUCUCUCUCUCUCUCUCUCUCUGGGAGCACACCACUGACAUCUAGAGGAAUUAAUGGGUAUUGCAGCCAUAACCUCACCGCUGCUACUGCAUGGGCGUAGCACCAUUUUCCUACUGUGGUUUUUGUAGCAUCAGAUUCUCUUAUAGGUGCAAUUGUUGGGAUUUUUUAUUCUUUGUGUGUCAGGUAAAAUUCACUUUCGAGCUCAUGAAGUCUAAGAGUGUAGAUAAAAGAACAAUAGCUGUUUUUAAAUCUGGUACAAAUCAAUUGUGAUUAUAUAGAUACAGACUCUGUAGCCACAAAUGAUGUGGCUACAUUGCAGUUGAUUAGACAUGCAGUGAAUAAAAUUGCCUCUCUUUUGUUGUUAGUUUCCACUUCACCAAAGCACUCAGCCCUUUUGUAGAGGAGUGCAUGCCUCUUCCCAGACACCAUAUUUGAGUGGAAGGAAAUUAAGAUUUAGGAGAUUGAGGCACAAUGUAGCAUUAGAGGCCAGAAAGUAAGAGCUGGAAGCGAGGCUCAAGCUUUGACAGGUGGGAGGCUUUUUAUCAUCGGAAGUAAUUGGUAACCCUCGCUCCAGGCCCUGGCAUGCUGUCCUCUUAGGACACAGCUUUAUGCCUCUGGAAAGGACACUCAAACCAGCUUUUGGUGGACUCGAAAUAUGAUUUGCAUGAGUGUAACCACUACAUCAGACUCCCCCCGCUGUCACUGUUAUGCCACCACAUCCCCUAGUCAUUCCCUGUCCAAGAGAGACAGUUGGGUCUGGGAGAGACAGCAGACCGAACAGACAGUCCAUUCAUCCGUCUGCAUGACUGGAAUGGAGCAUCACAGAAUUCCUCGGCCCAGCCUGCUGUUACCGUAGAAACCAGCGAGAUGGGGCUCGUGGAGAACUGCUGAGCACUGAUCGAAGCAGCUUUUUGAAGUGUGUGUGUGUGUGUGUGUGUGCACGUAUAUGUCUCUUGUGUUUGUGUGAGCUUGACAAAGAGUGUGCGCAUGUGAACUUAUGCGUGUUAAUGUUAAGCAGAUGCUCACCAAGGUCACUUAUUCUGUUUGACACUGAAUUGCAUCUCUGCAUGUCUCCCCAGAUUGUCCUCUCUGCCCAAAAGGGGGGGAAAAAACCUUUUAACCAAUCACUGAACUCUUAGAUGAGCUUUUAUCAGUCUACACUACCUAUUUACCGUGUGUGUGUGUGUGUGUGUGUGUGUGUGUGUGUUUGGGUGGGUAGGUUUGAGCUAACAUGCUAGCAAGCUGUGCUUGGCAGACGGCCAGACACCAGCGUGAUCCAAACAAACGUGAAGGAGAGGAAUGCAGAUCUCCUUGCGGUCAUUACCCCGCUGUGUAACCCUGUUAGCUCGUCCAGAUUACACACACUGAUCCUCAGAGAAAGUGUGAGAGAGAGAUGGGGGAGAGAUUGGGGAGAGUGAGAGAGACAGCAAACGGGUGAAUGGUAUCAUUAUUUGGGAGAUGGAGGGAGGAAGGAGGGGUGACCACUGGUACUUGUGUGUGAACGCCGGCCAGUGGCGUUCCCUGUGUAUAUCAAUGUGUUAAUACUGAACUGACUGUGAGGCAGCCAAAGACUGUGGAAAAAAGGGUCGAGGGAGAGACAGGAAGCAAAGUGACAGUUUAGAAGAACAAUUGAAUUAAAAAUGUGACUUUGGUUCAGCGAAAAUGUGGCUGCAUUGCUUUUCUUUUUCUUUUUUUCUGUUUUUUUCUUUUUUUUGCAACAAUGGUGACAGAUGUCUGUUAAGUUAAAUGAGAAACAAGCAAAACUAUAUUCAAAUGGUUGUUUAUUGGUAUGUUAGGGGGUCUAACACUUUGCCCUUUAGUCAGUGGUGAUAGAAAAAAAAAAGUUUCUUUUUAUGUUUUAUUUUAAUAAUUAAAAAAUACAAAGCAUUUUUUUUUAACAAUUUCUUUGUGAACGAUUAAGAGACCAGCCCAGUAUAGUGCAUGAUUUCUUCCCAACCAAGGAAGAGGGCUCCACCACUCUCGCUAUUUAAGAGAUGAUAAAAAAAAAUAUUAAGAAAUAAUGGGGGGGAAAUAAAAAAUAAAAAAAUAAAUGAAGUACUGUAAAGUGAAAAGAUAACAUCAAACAAAAAAACUGUCAUUAUUUGCUGAGUAUGGUAAUUUGUCUCAAUGGGAAUGGUGUAUACAGCAAGGCCUUAUGUGAUCUGUAUCAUAGUUAAUAAAUCAAAUCUUGUAAAA